UGUCUUUGCUUCUUGUGAUUUUAUAACUAGAUUCUGGACUAGUAUAAGUUGAAUACAGUUUAAAGGUUUCCACCUGCAAAUGGGAAUUUGGAAGCCAAUGUGAAGUUGAGAAGCUUAGACAUGCAGAAUAAAGUGGAGGAAGGAUAGAGCUCUGCUGUCAGGUGAAGGCUAGAAAAAUCCUCUACAUUUCUUCAUCUACUAGCUAAUGCACUUGUUCUUGAUCCAGCGAGUAAGACCUGUUCUGACCCCCAAAGGUCAAAAAGCUGCAUUUGGAAUUAGGUACAAUGUACCUAUUAUGGAAUUCAAGGUACCAUUCUGAUAAGAUAUAAAGGUCCCAGCUCCCUACAUUGUGAUUUGUUCGGCAAAGGAUGUGUUCUCCAGGAUAAUGGCGGUUUAGCUUCUCGUUUACCUUAGUAUCUGGUGGAUUUUAUCAUAAAUCGGUACAAUGGGGAAACACUCAGUUGAAUCAGGUACUAGUUUGCUCUUGCAUGGAGAUUUGGAUAUACAGAUAGUGGAAGCAAAAUGUCUUCCCAAUAUGGAUCUCAUGACUGAGAGGAUGCGGAGAUGCUUCACUGGUUAUGGCGCUUGCAGUACUGAAUGUGGUAAAUCUGAUCCACAUCCAGACAUGAGGAAGAUCAUUACUAGUGAUCCAUAUGUUUCGGUUUGUCUCUCAGGAGCAACAGUGGCACAAACUCGAGUCAUUGCAAACUCAGAGAAUCCUAAAUGGGAUGAACAUUUUAAUGUUCAGGUUGCCCAUUCAGUUAGCAGAAUUGAGUUUCAUGUAAAAGACAAUGAUGUUUUUGGGGCAGAACUUAUAGGUGUGGCUUCGGUACCAGUUGAAGACAUCACACCAGGUGAUAUGGUCAGUGGCUGGUUUCCAAUAUCUGGUCAGUAUAGUAAUCCUAUGAAGGCAUCUCCUGAACUACAUUUGUCAAUCCAGUACAAGCCAAUUGACCAGAACCCAUUGUACAAAGAUGGAGUUGGUUCUGAAGGGUCUCAAAGUACUGGUGUGCCAAAUGCUUAUUUUCCUCUUCGAAAGGGUGGUAGGGUCACUCUAUAUCAAGAUGCCCAUGUUCCAGAUGAUUUUUGUCCUAAAAUUGAAAUCGAUGGUGGAAGGUUAUAUGAACAAAACAAAUGCUGGGAAGACAUUUGCCAUGCAAUUGUUGAGGCUCAUCACCUUAUUUAUAUAAUUGGCUGGUCCUUGUAUCACCCUGUCAAGCUUGUUAGGGAAUCAACGAAACCUGUGCCCAAUGGGAGCCCGCCAACCAUUGGGGAGCUUUUGAAAAGCAAGGUUCAGGAGGGGGUCCGUGUUAUUGUAUUGCUUUGGGACGACAAAACAUCACACGACAAAUUUCUCUUGAAAACGGAUGGACUUAUGCAUACACAUGACGAGGAAGCUCGGAAGUUUUUCAGGCAUUCUGGUGUCCACUGUGUAUUGGCUCCUCGGUACGCUAGCAACAAACUUAGCAUUUUUAAGCAGCAGGUUGUAGGAACUUUAUUUACACACCAUCAGAAAUGUGUCAUUGUUGACACCCAAGCCUCAGGGAACAAUAGAAAAAUAACUGCUUUUAUUGGUGGUCUAGACUUAUGUGAUGGCAGAUAUGAUACACCUGAACACAGGCUCUUCAAGGAUCUUGACACUGUCUUCAAGGAUGAUUUCCAUAAUCCCACAUUCCAAGUCAACAAAUCUGGACCAAGACAGCCAUGGCAUGAUUUACAUUGCAAGAUUGAGGGUCCAGCUGCCUACGAUAUACUUACAAACUUUGAACAGAGAUGGAGAAAAUCUGCAAAAUGGAAAGUCAGUGUUAGAAGAGCUGUAAGUUGGCACCAUGAUACCUUGGUAAAAAUAAACCGGAUGUCAUGGAUUGUCUCUCCUUCAGCAGAUGAGUUAAAUGCACAUGUUUGUGAUCAAAAUGAUCCAGAGAACUGGCAUGUACAGAUUUUCCGGUCCAUUGAUUCAGGAUCAGUAAAGGGAUUUCCUAAACUUGUUCAAGAGGCUGAGUCACAGAAUCUUGUUUGCGCCAAAAAUCUGCAGAUAGACAAGAGCAUACACAAUGCAUAUGUAAAGGCCAUCAGAUCUGCACAACAAUAUAUCUACAUUGAAAAUCAGUAUUUUAUUGGAUCUUCAUACUACUGGUCUUCAAAUAGAAGUGCAGGUGCAGAGAAUUUGAUACCGAUUGAAUUGGCCAUAAAGAUUGCAAGAAAGAUUAAAGCUAGGGAAAGAUUUGCAGCAUACAUUGUUAUACCAAUGUGGCCUGAAGGUAAUCCAACAACUGCUGCUAUGCAGGAGAUCCUCUUUUGGCAGGGACAAACAAUGUCCAUGAUGUACAAGAUUGUUGCAGAUGCUCUACGGAAGGAGGGGUUACAUGACACCCAUCCACAGGAUUAUCUUAACUUCUACUGUCUUGGUAAACGUGAAGCCUUAAGUGACAUUUCUACGACAAGCCACUCCAAUGAAAAUUCCUCACUGCGCCUGGCCCAGAAGUUCAGGCGAUUCAUGAUCUACGUGCACUCCAAGGGGAUGAUCGUCGAUGAUGAGUAUGUGCUAAUAGGAUCAGCCAACAUAAAUCAGAGGUCCAUGGAUGGCUCAAGGGACACUGAGAUCGCCAUGGGCGCUUACCAGCCUCACUACAGCUGGGCAGGAGGCAAGAAAGCUCCAAACGGACAGGUGUACGGGUACAGGAUGUCGCUGUGGGCAGAGCACCUGGGCACACUGGAGGAGUGCUUCCGUUGGCCUCACUCCAUGGAGUGCGUCCGGCAGGUGAACCAGAUGGCGGAAGAGAACUGGGCUUGCUAUGUGUCGCCGGAGAUGGCGAACAUGAGGGGCCACCUCAUGAGGUACCCCAUCAGCGUGGACAGCGAUGGCAGGGUGGGCCCGGUGCGCGGGCAAGAGUGCUUCCCGGACGUCGGUGGCAAGGUGCUCGGCACGCACUCCUCUCUCCCAAAUGCUUUGACAACCUGAGCUUGCGUUCUGGUGUGGCUGGACUGGAGCAUGAAGAAGCUAUAGAUGUGGCCCAUUCUGGCUAGAAAAUGAGUCUUGUUUGUGCAUGAAAGAGAUGUCUAGCCUGCGUGAUUAUGGGAGUGGAUCCUUUGCAGACUGCUCACUGAUAGGUGGGUCCUACAGGCUUUGCGGCUCAUCCGUCCUGUCAGUAAGCAGUACUGCAGAGGAUUCUAUUUGUGUCAUUAUUAGUUCCACAUGUUGUUGUCAUAGAGCAUUGUGGCUUUGACUGUUGCAUAUGCAAUAUGUAUAGAAGGAUUUUAGUUGUCGGCAUUUCUGGCUGGAUACAUUUGCUCUUGUAUUUAGUUUGUUGUAAAAGGAGACUUUUCUUCGUUCAGACAAUUGUUUGACCUCAAACCAAAAUUCAUGGUGGUGGCAUGAUUCGAGAAUUUAUUAUUCAAAUGAUUCA